AAAUACCUCAUAGUGAUUACCAAUUAUCUGGGGCCCUUGUCCCGUAGAGAGAGACCAAAGCACUAUAAAGACGAAGCAGAAAUCCAGAAAUGACAUUUGUUUUCCAUUGAAGAUCAAUUAUAGUAAAACUUCUAGUUUCCAAAGCUGCAAAUGGCAGGAGUUCAUAUUCCAAUCCCUUCACCCGGUGCAUCUGGCGUCAAACCAGAUGGAACCGCGACCGCAACAUGUCUAUGUGGAGCAGUGCAACUAUCCUUCCCUGUUGAAGGUGAAGAUCUCGUCAAUACCUUUGUUUGCAAUUGCACCGAUUGCCGCAAGCUCAGCUCAUCGAUGUUCUGUUCGAAUUUCACUGUCAAGGACAGGAGUCUCAAGCACCUUCGUGGGGAGGAAAAGUUGUCCAGAUAUGCACAAAAUAGGACAAUUGCCUCGGGUGCCUUUAUGGAAGACAGCUUUUGCUCUAUCUGCGGGAAUCUCAUGUAUAGGAGAAGCACCAGAUUUCCGGGGCUGAGUAUUUUGAGGAUCGGAACUGUGGAUGAUUUUAAUUUGCAUGAGUCAAAGUUGAAACCACAAUUUGAACAAUUUACAGAGGACAGGGUUGGAUGGUUUGACGGGGUACAAAUUGAGGGAAUACCGCGCCAUGAUAAGUCGCGGAUUUAAUAGCUUUAUGGCUUUGUAUGUUGUUGUUAAG